AACAAUACAGCCCUUCUCGGGUUUGUGGAGUAAGAGGAGCAGCUCAAUGGCAGCCAUAGCAGCACAUUCAUUAUCCGGCAUGGCUCAGGCCAGGACUUUUGCCUCAUAUGAUUCCUCCUAUUUAUCGUCAUACAGGAGCUUAAAUCAUCACUCAUUAUUGAUAAACAAGGAAAGAAUUUCGUCUGCUUCCUUUUCUCCUCGUGUUGUGAGAGUGAUGGCUGCAGAGGUUGUUAAGGAUGCACCCAGGAAGGGUGCCAAGGAACCCAUGAAGGAAUCCUUGCUUUCUCCUCGGUUUUACACCACCGAUUUUGAUGAGAUGGAGAGACUUUUUAACACUGAAAUCAAUAAGAAUCUUGACCAGUCUGAGUUCAAGGCAUUGCUGGCUGAAUUCAAGACAGAUUAUAACCAGACCCAUUUUGUCAGGAAUGCUGAAUUCAAAGCCGCUGCUGAUAAGAUGCAAGGUCCAUUAAGGCAGAUUUUUGUUGAGUUCCUUGAGAGGUCUUGUACUGCUGAAUUCUCCGGAUUUCUGCUCUAUAAGGAGCUUGGGAGAAGACUGAAGAAAACAAAUCCAGUUGUGGCUGAGAUAUUCUCCCUCAUGUCCAGAGAUGAAGCUCGCCAUGCAGGGUUUCUCAACAAGGGUUUAUCAGAUUUCAAUCUUGCAUUGGAUCUUGGCUUCUUGACUAAAGCACGCAAGUACACAUUUUUCAAGCCUAAAUUCAUAUUUUAUGCCACUUAUCUGUCAGAGAAGAUUGGAUAUUGGAGGUACAUUACCAUUUACAGGCAUCUUAAAGCUAAUCCUGAGCAUCAAGUGUAUCCUAUUUUCAAGUACUUUGAGAAUUGGUGCCAAGAUGAAAACAGACAUGGUGACUUCUUCUCAGCACUAAUGAAGGCACAGCCGCAAUUUUUGAAUGACUGGAAAGCAAAAUUAUGGUCAAGAUUCUUCUGUCUUUCGGUUUAUGUUACAAUGUACCUAAACGACUGUCAGAGGACAGCAUUUUAUGAGGGAAUUGGACUGAACACAAAAGAGUUCGAUAUGCAUGUGAUCAUUGAGACAAACCGAACAACAGCUAGGAUUUUCCCUGCAGUCUUGGAUGUUGAAAAUCCAGAGUUCAAGAGGAAACUUGAUAGGAUGGUAGAGAUAAAUGAGCAGAUUCUAGCGAUUGGAGAAAGCCAAGCUCCUAGCUUCAUAAAGAACCUGAAAAGGAUUCCUUUAAUAGCUGCAUUGGCAUCAGAAUUAAUAGCAACCUAUAUGAUGCCACCUAUAGAAUCAGGUUCUGUGGACUAUGCUGAUUUUGAGCCACAGGUUGUGUAUUAGAAGCAUGCACUUGAAUUUAUGCACUGGUCAGAGAAACUGAAUGGACCCGUUAAGAUCCUUCAAGACACAGAUUUUGGUUUCUCAAUGUCAUAGUUGUCUUUAAUAGCUCUAGCCUUUCAAUUUCAAUCAGCAUAGAAGUGCCUUUAAUAGUCAACACGUGCACAAAUUAGGCUUUAAAUAGUUUAGUAUAUUUAGGAAUAGAAAGUCUGUUAAUAAGCAUGCAUUAUUCUUAUCCAUGAUGUAACAUCUUUAUAUCAUAGCGGUUUUUUCACAGCAAGAAUUCAAGAUCAUUGGAAGCUUGUAUAGCUGAAUAACCAGGAGAUCAACAUACUAUUUUGACAACAGUAAAUAUUUUAAUUUUGCUGGCCUCAUUUUUUCCUUGA